AUGACGGACGAGCAGCGCCUUCACGUAGCGGUGCUCCCAACCACCGGCUCCGGCCACAUCAAUCCCAUGCUCGAGCUCUGCCGUUGCCUCGUCCCGCUAGGAUUCCAGGUAAGCUUCGUCUAUCCCAGCAGCCUUCGACACGAUGAUCUUCACUUCCGAGUGGUGCCAAGCCCAGCCUCGGACAAGCUUUUGCUCAUGGAUCCCGCGUUGCAAGAGGACGUGAGACCGGUUCUAGAGGCCCUCCGUCCACCAAUAAAGUGCCUUAUCGCUGAUAUGUUCUUAGGCUGGUCACAGGACGUGGCCGAAAGCCUGGGGAUUCCACGAGUAGCCUUCAUUCCCAGUGACUCAGUCAUCGAAGCGACGUGCUACCAUAUUCCAGAGCUUGUCUCCAGGGGUUUCAUUACUGGCCAUGUUCCUGCCAAUGCCGAUCCAAAUCCGGACGCUUUGAUCGACUUCAUCCCCGGUCUCGAGCCUUUUACAAGAGAGUUGCUCCCUCUUGCCUUCCAGAACUGGGGACCCAUUGUGACCACUCUGGGAGUUGCAGCCAGACGAACAAAGGAUGCGGUUUGCAUUGUCGUCAACACGAUUGAGGAGUUGGAUCAGGAAGUCGUGAAUGGACGGAGGUUGCUGUUCUCCAGUUAUUUACCAGUCGGACCUCUGGUACCUGCAGAGCUUCUGCAAGAACAGCACCCGAUCACUCUCAGUUCUCCAAAUGACACUAGCAUGAUCUGGCUGGACAAACAAGCUUACGGCUCGGUUCUCUAUAUCGCUUUUGGAAGUGUUGUUACUCUGCCAGCCGACCAAGUGGAGAAGAUUGCAAGAGCUGUAAAAGCCACUCGUCAGCCAGUAUUGUGGGCAAUCAGGAGGAACUUUGCAAAAGACGUACCUGAGAACUUUUAUGAAAGCUUGCAAGAGAUAGGUGGGGAGCAAGCCUGCCUGGUGGUGGAAUGGGCUCCACAAGUAAACGUCUUGCGCCACUCCGCGGUUGGAGCCUUCUUAAUGCAUGGUGGAUGGAACUCAGCUCUAGAAGCCCUGUGCUGUGGAGUACCAAUGCUUUGCUGGCCCUGCGCUAACGAUCAGAACUUGAAUGCUCUCACGAUAGUGAAGAAGUGGAGAACUGGGAUAAUGGUGGCUCAUGGACCCAAAGACGAUGUGAGAAGUGAAGACUUGGGAAACGUUAUAGAUGCUGUGAUGAAUGGCGAGGAAGGGAGGACGAUGAGGAGCAGAGCUAAAGAACUUAAAAAGAUUGUGAGUGUAGGUACUUGCCUGGAGAGAAAUCUUCAACAGCUCAAGGAUGUGAUCAUAGCCAAAGCGGAGAGGAAGUUCGAGUGCUGCGCGGGGAAAUGCAACCGGAGGUAUGGAAAUCUGCGGUCGUUUAACGAGCACCGGUGUGAGAAGCACAAGCUCCCGCCCGUGUCGCAGCUGCCCAAGGGCUUCAAAUCCCGGAAGGGCGUCCCGCACGGCACGUACUACGCGCUCAAGAAGCAGCGCUACAACGAGGUCAAGGACUCGCUGCGCUUCAAGUGGAAGACCCAGCUCCAGAACGCGAGAGCGAACUUGAAAAAGGACUACAUCGGGUGUGGGAUCCCAGCGGAAAGGUAUCGGCCACAAGCUGGAGGCCGGCCAUCGCACCAGGCUCGGAUCGCGAGGCUCGAGGCUCUUAAGGCGGAAGUGGAGAGCUACAACGAAGAAGACGAGGAUGUGAACGAGUAUAACUCUUCCGAAGAAAACGAGCAUGAGGAUGAGCACGAGGAUGAUCGGGGAAACUCCAUUUCAGAAGCCGAAGAUGAUGAGGAGAGCAGCGACACGGCAUGGUGCUUCGUGAUACCAGUCGCAAUCCUGCACAGGGCCAAGUGGUCGGGUGCGUGUGGAUUCGAUCCGGGAGAGCAUGAGCAGGCAGGUGCUGGGGUGGCCAAUCGUGAGCGGGGGAUGGAGCUGGUGGACAGAUCGUGUCACGUUCGAGGAGCAUUCCUUUCUAUGGUGUUCUAUUUGAGUACUUGUUCAAGUAAAUCACCACUUCGGUACUCCCCAGCCUCCUAUAUCUUAGCUGGCUUCCAAUCCAAGAUCAAAGCGCUGCAAAUGGCGGGUGCUAGCAAGAAGCCUCAUGUUCUAGCGUUCCCAUUCCCAAUCCCGGGCCACAUGAACUCACUGAUGCACUUCUGCCGCCGUCUCGCGGCCUGCGAUGUCACCAUCACCUACGCCUCCAAUCCGAGCAACAUGAAGCUCAUGCACCAGACGCGCGAUCUGAUUGCAGACCCCCACGCCAAGAGCAACGUCCGCAUCGUCGAGGUCUCGGACGAUCCAGGUAACAGCAGCAACGAUCUCGCCAAGGGGGAUCCCAGCGAGCUCGUGGAGAAGAUCCGCCUGGCAGUGCGGGCCAUGGCAGCCUCUGUGCGAGAGCUUAUCCGGAAGUUCCAGGAGGAAGGGAAUCCCGUUUGUUGCAUGAUCACAGACACCUUCAACGGAUUCACCCAGGAUCUGGCGGACGAAUUCGGCAUCCCCAGGGCGGUGUUCUGGACCUCCAAUGCGAUCGACGACAUCUAUCACCUCUUCCUGCCGGAGCUCAUGUCCAAAGGAUUCGUGCCAGUCACGACCAGGAAAACGGACGAGCUCAUCACAUUCCUCCCCGGAUGCCCGCCGAUGCCCGCCACGGAUCUGCCGCUCGCCUUCUACUACGACCACCCAAUCCUGGGCGUGAUCUGCGACGGCGCGUCGCGGUUCGCGGAGGCGAGAUUCGCGCUGUGCAACACCUACGAGGAGCUGGAGCCCCACGCAGUGGCGACGCUGCGCAGCGAGGUCAAAUCCAGCUACUUCCCCAUCGGCCCGUGCCUGUCCCCCGCAUUCUUCGCGGGGGACUCGACAGCGGUGGAGCGAUCCAGCGAGCUCCUGUCUCCCGAGGAUCUGGCGUGCCUGGAGUGGCUUGACACACAGAAGGAAUCCUCCGUGAUCUACGUCUCCUUCGGUAGCGUGGCCACCAUGUCCGUGGAGCAAUUCCAGGAGCUCGCCAGGGGCCUGGAGCGCAGCAACCAGCCAUUCGUACUGGUGCUGCGCAAGACCCUGGUCGCGGAUCCCUCGGUGCACGAUUUCUUCGAGGGUUUGAAGCAGCGGAUCGGCGAGCGCGGGAUGGUGAUCUCGUGGGCGCCGCAAAUGCACGUCUUGCUCCACCCGGCGGUGGGAGGAUUCCUGACGCACUGCGGAUGGAACUCGACCGUGGAGGGGAUCUGCGCGGGCGUGCCGAUGCUCGCCUGGCCUUGCAUGGCGGAGCAAAACAUCAACUGCAAGGAGCUUGUGGAGCACUGGAAGCUGGCGAUCCCGGUCCAGGAUGAUCGGGAUAAAAGCUCCGUGAUCUCGGUCUCGAGCGAGAGGCUGGCGGAUCUAGUGGCGCGGCUAAUGAGAGGCGACGAGGGUCGCGAGAUGCGAGCCCGGGCUCGGGGAUUCCGCAAGGCUACUGCGGCUGCCAUAGCCGAGGGAGGAUCCUCGGACAGGAACCUCAAGGCCUUCGCCCAAGCUCUGAGAGAUCUGUGAUCUCUCGGAGGCUAACAACCAUUA